UUUUUUGGUAUCGGGCGCAGGUGGCCGUGCGAUACGAUACUGCUGUGUGCGGUAAGCGGGGGCCUUCUCGAUUGGGACAGCGGAUGUAACGAAGAUACAACACCAGGAAAUGUACGGGUUUAUGGACUACCUGCUACGGUCGUUCAACAAAGAAACAGGAUGGAGCGACCAGAACCUCUACUCAAACCUUACAGGGACGUCUCGAGCCCUCCUGGACUUCGUCCACCCCCUCGGCCUCCACUUCCACAUCUCCUCCUACCCCUCCCAAUCCUUCAUGUCCUCCUACACACUCUCCACCCUCCCCGUCCUCGACGGCUCAAUGGCCUAUCUCUGCACAACCCGUCCCCUCUCCUCCAUAACCCACACCAAACACGUCCCCCUCCACGAAAUGAUCGAAGGCUACCGCGAACCACCAGAAUUAAAGAAACACCCCGAACCAUGGGAAUGGGAGGUAUGGCAGAACGGGAAACGGGUGGAUAAGAAGGAUAGUUUGUUGUAUGGACGGAUGUAUAUCCCGAGUUCGACGUUGGAGGCAAUGUAUACAAGGCGAAUCGCACCGACGAAGCAGUUGAUCCUCGCGUGUGUGAGUGACACCAAGCUUCCUAAUGGCGGGACGAUUACCGCAGAGAUCCAACACGAUGUAGGGAAGUGGUCGACAGAAUACGUCUACUCAACCGAAGGUGGCAUGCUCGGCCUCCGUGGCCUCUGGAAUUUCGGCCCAGAUCCCCGGAAACCACGGACACCCCCUUCGCCGUCCCUAUACUCCUCACAUACCGGUGUACACGAUACCCCACCCAUCCCUUCCGGCCGCCUCUCAGCCGGUGCGGAAAUUUACUACGGCGCACUCACCAAAUCAGCCGGAAUGUCCCUCGGUCUCCGUUACGCCUCCUUUGCAUCGAAUCAAACACCACGAACGAUGACACUAACGUGGAAUCCACUCAUGGGUUCAGUCUCAACAACCUACGCCGUCAAGAACGCACUAACGAACAGCGCAUUCUGCUCUCGUUUCGAUUUCAACAUGUUUUCCUACGAAUCCAACCUCGCUCUCGGUUGCGAAAUAUGGCAAUGGCGCGAUGGUUCCCUCUCAACAUCAACAGCGAGUGGGAUGGAGAAAAAGGACGAAGAUGUAAAGGGAGUGUUCAAAGCCCAAAUCGGAAAUUCGCUGGGGAUUGGGUUGCAGUGGGAAGGACGAUUUAAGGAUUUUUUGUUUAGUUUGGGGACGGUGUUGGAUUUGACGAAUAAGACGAGUCCGGUGAGGAGCGUGGGGUUGGAGUUGCAGUAUUCGUCGUGAUGUUGGUGUCGAGACAAUGAGGCCAGUGACGGCGUGGGUGAAUGGACAAGGGCAUCAAGUCUAUAGAGUCAAUACAAUAGGCAAAGCCAAUGAACAAGAAAGUUCAGGUCUAAUAUAACAUUCAAUUGAAAUCAAGGUAUACUAUCGUGCCC